GCCCCUGUCCAAUCCACAGUUCCACACUCGCGCUCUCGUCUGCUCACGGCCGCGCGACCCAAACCAAAACCCCUCCCCCAUCCAUCUCCUCCGGUGUCGACCGCCAUGGCCGCCGGGCGGGCCUUCCUCGGCGCCCCCUGCUCCUCCCUCGCCACUGGUGCCCGCCGCCUCGCCUUUGCUUCGCCUCCGCCCCGGACGCUCGCCCCUGCGCUCCGCCGCCGCGUCCCGGGCCGCUGCGUCGCCUCCGUCUCCUCGUCCCCCGACGCGGCCUCCGCACCGGAGCCCUACGUGCUCACCACGCCACUCUACUACGUCAAUGCCCCGCCGCACAUGGGAAGCGCCUACACCACCAUCGCAGCCGACGCCAUCGCCCGGUUCCAGAGGUUGCUAGAGAAGAAGGUUAUAUUUAUUACUGGAACAGAUGAACAUGGUGAGAAAAUCGCCACUUCAGCGGAGGCUAGUGGUAGAAACCCAAAGGAGCAUUGUGAUGCUAUUUCAAGUUCAUAUAAGAUGCUCUGGGCUGAUUUAGACAUAGAAUACGACAAGUUUAUCCGGACAACUGAUCAUAAGCAUGAGGGUGUUGUCAAUGAAUUCUAUUCUAGAGUAUUAAGCAGUGGUGACAUAUAUAGAGCUGACUAUGAAGGACUUUAUUGUGUUAACUGUGAGGAGUACAAGGAUGAAAAAGAGCUGGCCGAAAACAAUAGCUGCCCUGUGCAUUUGAAGCCUUGUGUAGCAAGAAAAGAAGAUAACUAUUUCUUUGCCUUGUCAAAAUACCAGCAUAAGUUGGAAGAGCUGCUGGCAAGAAAUCCUGAUUUUGUAAGGCCAUCACAUCGCUUGAAUGAGGUCCAAGGCUGGAUUAAAGGUGGAUUAAGAGACUUUUCUAUUUCCCGUGCAUCUGUUGACUGGGGUAUUCCAGUGCCAAAUGACACCAAGCAGACAAUAUAUGUGUGGUUUGAUGCUCUAUUAGGGUAUAUUUCAGCAUUACUAGAUGAUGGUGAGCAGGCAAGUUUGCAGCAAGCUAUUGAUCAUGGUUGGCCUGCUUCCCUGCACUUGAUAGGAAAGGACAUAUUGCGGUUUCAUGCAGUUUACUGGCCAGCCAUGUUAAUGUCAGCAGGUAUAAGUGUUCCUGAUGCAGUUUUUGGUCAUGGCUUCUUGACAAAGGAUGGUAUGAAGAUGGGGAAGUCAUUAGGCAACACACUUGAACCAAAAGAUCUGGUAGCAAGAUUUGGUGCUGAUGCUGUUAGGUACUUCUUCUUACGGGAAGUAGAAUUCGGCAAUGAUGGGGACUAUUCAGAAGAACGCUUUAUCAAUAUAGUCAAUGCUCACCUUGCUAACACAAUUGGAAACCUCCUUAAUCGCACACUUGGGCUUCUAAAAAAGAACUGUAAUUCCACACUAGCGUUUGACUCAAUUGCUGCAGCAGAUGGAGUACCACUCAGAGAAAAUGUAGAAAACCUGGUGGACAAGGCAAAGCACCAUUACGAAAAUCUUUUGCUGUCAUCAGCAUGUGAAUCUGUUUUAGAGAUUGGUAACCUUGGAAACUUGUACAUCGAUGAACAAGCACCAUGGUCCUGUUUCAAGAAAGGGGGUGAGAGUGCUGAAAAAGCUGCAAAGGAUCUUGUAAUUAUUUUAGAGACGAUGAGAAUAAUUGCAAUUGCGUUAACACCUAUCACCCCAAGCCUUUCGCUGAGGAUUUAUACGCAGCUUGGUUUUACAGAAGACCAAUUCAGGGUAUUGAGAUGGGUAUGUUCUAUUAUUAGAGAUAUGCUCUCUGAUUUCAUUUCCUUUUCUUUGCAAGUAUUAUAUGGUCAUCCUCCGAAAUAUAGUUUAGCAUCCUCAGAAAAGGAGGAUACAAAAUGGGGAGGCUUAAAAGCAGGCCAGGUGAUGAUGGAGCCAAAGCCGGUCUUUGCAAGGAUUGAAACUGAGACGAAAGAGGAAGCUCAAGCAAGUUCAAAGGCUGCAAAAGGUGGGAAGAAGAAAUCACCCAGUAAAGGUCUUGUAGAAGCAUAAAUCACCAGCAAUUCCUUGCAAAAAAAAACUGUCACAUAUUUAUAGUGUAGAUAACAGAUCACCAGCAAUUCUAAACCUGACUCAAGAAGGCAUGGAAUUUUUUGAGAGAACUGACUUGCAGUUUUUGUUAUCCCAAGGGUUCCAAUUUAAUGUAGUACAAUUUUAACCCUUUUUAACGAGCCAGCAUGAGUCUUGCCGGAUUAUAUGGAGACUGCUAGGUAUGGCCUAAGUAACUCUGUAACCUUCACCUCAUGACGAUUGUUGCACAGGUUAGUUUC